AUGGACAAUAUCUCGAAUACGGAAUGGAUGUUACUGAUCGCGCUGAUGAUACAUUUGACGAUGGCGCCAUGCACGAAGGUCGAAGAGAGCUUCAAUGUUCAAGCAGUACACGAUCUUUUAUUUCAUCAAAUGAACACUUCACAGUAUGAUCAUCACCAAUUCCCGGGCGUUGUACCAAGAACAUUCACGGGUUCGAUUGCGUUAAGUGCUGUUGUCUAUCCAUUUGCGAAACUAAUGCAGUGGUAUGAUGUACCCAAGUAUUGGAUUCUUUACGCAGCACGUCUUUUGCUUGGCAUGACUGUUUUGCUGAGUUUUGGAAAUUUUGCACGAUGUGUGCAGAAGCAUUAUGGUCAACACACCGCGCACUUCUUGAGGUUUUCUUUUCACUUCUUGAGGAAUUUUGUCUUAUUUGACGAAAUGGUCAAUUCAUUUGGUCAUUUUCAAUAA